AUGUUAUCAGCAUCUUCUGGUAAUUGUGGUACUUCUGUGACAGUUACUAAAACUGCUGAAGACGCUAUUACUCUUGGUGAUUGCUAUGUGGUAGCGUCGGAUGUCAUCCCAACAACAAGCUGUGGACGAUUUGAUGGUGAUGAUAACACUGGUGACAAAGAUGGAGGGAGUAAUGGCGGUGGGAUUUGCGAUGCUAAAAAUGGUAUCGUACCUAUGGAUUCUAUUCCAUCAUCAUCUUCAUCAACAUCGUCAUCAUCUGGACUGAGGCCAGUUGGAGUCAUACCAGUCGAAACAGCUAAUGCCGCUGGUAAAGAAGAGCUGGGGCCGGUUUCCAGGGAUCGCUGUAAUACUUGGCCAAUGCGACGACCACAACUUGACAUUAAUGCCCAAACCAGUCCACUAAUUCAUGAACAAAUUCCGGAAGAGGAAGCUGACUUGUGUGAUAGCGUAGAGAAAUUGAGCAAUGGUCGCUUGGGUUCAACAGCUGCGCUAAUGGGUUCGCCGGAAAGUGGCUCCUUCUCACCGGGGAUUUCAUCACCAGUGCCAUGUGGAGCAAACUCAACUGGUCCUAUCGGAGCAUCCGGCACUCCAUCCGAUGCAUCCGACUCGAGUAUUGCUACAUCUAAUAAGAAAUCGACGACACGCCGUAAUGCCUGGGGUAAUAUGUCGUAUGCCGAUCUCAUCACACAGGCUAUCGUUAGUUCACCUGAAAAGCGGCUAACUCUUUCUCAAGUGUAUGAAUGGAUGGUGCAGAAUGUUCCGUACUUCAGAGAUAAAGGCGAUUCCAAUAGUUCUGCCGGUUGGAAGGCUUUUUCGUAG